AUGCAGGGCACGGCAUGGGAUGGCCCGUGGGGUACCAUGCAGGGCACGGCAUGGGAUGGCCCGUGGGGUACCAUGCAGGGCACGGCAUGGGAUGGCCCGUGGGGUACCAUGCAGGGCACGUCAUGGGAUGGCCUGUGGGGUACCAUGCAGGGCACGGCAUGGGAUGGCCCGUGGGGUACCAUGCAGGGCACGGCAUGGGAUGGCCCGUGGGGUACCAUGCAGGGCACGGCAUGGGAUGGCCCGUGUGGUACCAUGCAGGGCACGGCAUGGGAUGGCCCGUGGGGUACCAUGCAGGGCACGGCAUGGUAUGGCCCGUGGGGUACCAUGCAGGGCACGGCAUGGGAUGGCCCGUGGGGUACCAUGCAGGGCACGGCAUGGGAUGGCCCGUGGGGUACAAUGCAGGGCACGGCAUGGGAUGGCCCGUGGGGUACCAUGCAAGGCACGGCAUGGGAUGGCCCGUGGGGUACCAUGCAGGGCACGGCAUGGGAUGGCCCGUGGGGUACCAUACAGGGCACGGCAUUAUAUCGACCGCAUCGCAUCAAGUAG